AUCAGCUGGACCUCCCUCUGGUGCACAGACCUUAGCUGGGCUCUGUGCUGGGAGGAUCUGACACAAGGAAACAGCCCCCAAACUCUGAGGAGCCAUGUGCUACUCCAAGAUAGCCCCAGAAAAAAUUGAGAAGCUGAGGACCAAUAUGCACAGUCACGUAGACUCAUUCUGUGAUGGUUUGGGAAGCAAGGGAGAAAACCAGGUCCGUUUAGAACUAGAGAAGAUGGAGGACCAAGUCUGCGAGGACUUGCAUGAUGUCGUGGAAGCUGAAUGUCAGAACAUCAACCAGGAAUCUGCUCCUUUACUUCUCAAAGAGGUGCAAGAACUUCGUAUUCGAAACCGUUGCAGAGAACAGACCCUUGACCUGGAAACUGAAAGUCCAGCGGCCCAACAGGCUGAUGAGACCUUCUUCCAGAAGGUACGCAGGUUGUUCCAGGAGAUGCUGCAGCGACUGAAGGGGAUGUGGCAGAAGUUGUGGGACUGGAUGAAGGAGAAGUUGGCUGGCUUGUGCAGUGCAAUGAAGUCUGUCUGGAACAUGAUUGAGCGUUUGUUCUUCAAUGUGGUAGAGUCCUUCAAGAAUGUCUUCCAGGACAAAGGAACCCCACAGAGUCUAGUUGAAUUGCAGCCACACCUAGGAGCCCUGUGAUUCCCCCUUUCUUGGAAAGAAGCUUCUGAAGUAACCUUUGCCCUCCUGCUCAUCCUUGACAACCUCCCCCCUCACCUCCUCCCUGUGCACAACCUCUCCGCCCUGCUUUGCCCUGCUUUCCCGUGUUGCCUUCUCCAGGUCUGACAUGUUGCUCUUACUACCGCAUUUGAAUAAAAGUUGG